GUUGGGGGCCUCACGCAUGAUUGGAAAAAGAUUUCCUUCUCAAUAGUUUGAUUAUUCAGCGACAUUAUCCCGGCAUCGCUGGACGAUGAGCGUGUGAGGCACCGAUAACAUGUAUAAGAGAGAACAGAUCUCCGAGUGGCUUAAAGAUAGUACCUAAUGAACAGCAUCAUCUACAAUCCAAAGAGACACUCUCUUGGCAUAAUCCGCGUUCUAGUCAUAUUUCUUCAUUAAUCUUGUUUCAAAUCAUGGCGCCUGCACCGAUCGAUGACCGGAUUAUUGACGUGGCCGAGCCCAUCAAGGAUACUCUAGGGCUCCCGGAGACUGCUGCUUUACGACUUAAGAAAGGCGGUGUCGACCUUUCCCAGGGGUAUCCAUACCGACCAUCUAGACCACUUUACUUGCAAGAUGUCCUCGAAAUUCGGAACAAGGAAUGGGUCCAUAACGAUGCUGGAGCUCGGGCCGACAAGUCAAAGUCGGCUCUGUUCUCAGCCGCGACCAAAGUCACAGAUCUCACGACACAUAUCGGCACCGAGAUCGAAGGACUUCAGCUUAAAGACCUCACAGACCAGCAAAAGGACGAACUUGGGCUCCUGAUUGCUGAGCGAAGUGUAGUCUUUUUCCGUAACCAGGAUAUAUCCCCUCAGCAACAACUCGAAUUAGGGAAAUACUACGGCGUGCCUGAGAUCCAUCCUCAAGUUACGCAGGUGCCGGGUGAGCUUGGUAUAACAGUGAUCUGGCCAGAUCUACAGGCAACGGAACGAUCUGCUAACUUCCGCAACCCCGGUGGUGCAUCGCGUUGGCACACUGACCUAGUUCAUGAGCUACAACCAGCGGGGAUAACUCACCUACACAAUGAUACAGUUCCACCCGUCGGCGGUGACACGCUCUGGGCAAGCGGCUACGCUGCGUACGAGAAGCUGUCUCCAGGUUUCCGCAAGAUCAUCGACGGCAAAUACGCUGUAUACAGGUCCGCACACGCCUAUCUUGACCGCAACGACCCGGAAGCCGGUCCAAAGUACAUCGAGCGCGUUCACCCGCUCGUCCGUGUCCAUCCGGCUACAGGCUGGAAAGCGCUCUGGGUCAACCGUGCGAUGACGGAUCGGAUUGUGGGAUUGGACCGUCCGGAAAGCGACGCCAUUCUGAAUUACCUGUACCAUGUGUACGAGACCAAUGUCGAUAUCCAGCUCCGGUUCAAAUGGACACCUGGAACGAGUGCUCUGUGGGAUAACAGAAUCACCAUUCACAAUGCCAGCUGGGACUACGGUGGUCGCCACCCGAGGCACGGAACACGUGUCACCUCGCUCGCCGAGAAGCCGUUCUUUGACCCUUCCGCCCCGACCCGGCGGGAAGCUCUUGGCUUGUUGGAUGCGAGCGAGUUGCGCGAGAAAGAGCAGGAGAUUGACGGGCCAUUGUAAGGCGAGAUGAGAGAAAUUCGAAGUGGUUGCUUGUAGAAGAGGCGAGAUCUGGUUGCUGCAAAGUUGAGCAUUAGCCGUUAGGUGUCCAAAGUAUACUAGCAAAUUAGUUUGAUAAUGACAAGUAAUACUAUUUUACUUAUUA